AGAGAAGUUUCCAAUCAUGCCUGAAGUUGUGAAAGCGCCCAAGAAGGGCUCCAAGAAAGCCGUCUCCAAGGCCGUCAGCAAGAGCGGCAAGAAGAAGAGGAAGACCAGGAAGGAGAGCUACGCCAUCUACGUGUACAAGGUGAUGAAGCAGGUGCACCCCGACACCGGCAUCUCCUCCAAGGCCAUGGGCAUCAUGAACUCGUUCGUGAGCGACAUCUUUGAGCGCAUCGCCGGUGAGGCCUCUCGCCUGGCUCACUACAACAAGCGCUCCACCAUCACCUCCAGGGAGAUCCAGACCGCUGUGCGCCUGCUGCUGCCCGGCGAGCUGGCCAAGCACGCCGUGUCUGAGGGAACCAAGGCCGUGACCAAGUACACCAGCUCCAAGUAAACCUGAUGUAGACCACCAACACAAAGGCUCUUUUAAGAGCCACCCACUUCUUCUAAAGACCAUUUCCUGAUGCUUUUUCUCAAUAUUGAAAUUAAUAAAAAGUAUCAAAAGCUAGUAAUGGUGUUAAAACUAUAAUAAUUGUAGGUUGCUCACAGAUUCUAACUACUUUAAAACUGUAAGGGUUUUCAUAAGCAAUUGCCACCUAAUUACAAACUUCUGUACCUCCUGUCUGAUUCAAUGCUUCUGGUUUGAGGUGUAUUUAUCGAGAACUCCGCUGCAUUUAUUCUGGUAUAUGCGAGUAGGGUGAUGCCAUCAGCUGCGUCAAGCUCCUGUAAAUGUUGUCAUAUCUUGCUAUUUCAAAGUGUGUGAUGGUAAAUAAUCCCAUAGACCUUCCGGUAAAGGAAUAGGACAUAUUUUGAGAAUGCAAAAGGAAUGUUCAUAUGUGAGCUUGACUGUACGGCUACGGAUGUUGUUACUGACUCAUGCAGAUUUAUUCCUUGAACAUUUUAAUCGUUUAAUGGACCUGGAUGCAAGAAGGCAAAAAGCUCUUACGGUGGUGUUUUAUGUUUGUAUUUUGACAGAAGAAA